AAUAUAAUUCGUUUCAUAUACUAGUAUUAGUUAAAAAUUAGACACCAAAAUAAAUACGAAAGCCCAAAAAACAAAAAAAGGCAAAACAGUUGAAGAAAAAUAGUGGGAAAGACUCCUCUGAGCUACUCUCAUUCGAUUUUCCUCAGGCGAUUUUGGUGUAUGGUCGUCCCUUUCACUGUAUUUCUUAGUCAAUAGCAUCUUCUCCGAUCAUCGACGUCCGGAGAUUUCUUCGGCCCUCUCAUACUUGAGGUUUUGUACUCUUUACUCCCUCAAAUUUUUCCAAAACUUGCGCUUCUUAGAUUUGGGCGUCUUCGUUAUUUAUUGUAAAAUUCAGCUUUAUGCCUCUUAGACUAGUUAUAGAUCGACGAAUCAGUAAAAUUACCUUCAAGGUGAAUGGUCUCUAGGUAUAGAGAAUUUGUCAAAAUGACGAAUUUGAUUGAAACAUUGGUAACUUUUUUUAAUCUCUUCGUUAGUUAGUUGAACUUAUUGGUUUGGGGGGACCAUUUGCUUUCAUCGAAAACCCUAGCUUGCGAGGGAGGGACCUUGAUUGGGAUCGUAACCUAACUUACUGUCACUUUUUUUAUCGUUCAAUCUUUAUUGCUGCAGAUAGGUCCACUAAUGGCUGAGCUUGCUGCCGUUUUCUUUGACAUAUAGUUAAUUCAAUGUGUAAAGUUGUAAGCUUUUUAGUCUUUGGUUUUGAGGAAGUUAGUUAGGAACCUUCUCCAAGUACAAAGGAGGAAUGGGUAGGGAAGGGUUUGCAAUUACAAUGUGUACAUCGUGUUUCUUGACAAGUUACUGAUAGAUACUUUGGGGAAAUUUUUGAUUUGAGGAGUGUAGGACCAAUUCAAUAAAUGCCACUUAGUUUUUGUGUGAUGGAGAUGAGAAGAUGAAAAGUAAUACCCUUCCUCUCUUGCCCUUUUUGCUGGUCUGGGUGAAACAUAGAAAAGUUUCUCUUGCUCAAGUUAAUGAUAAAAGGGUGAGAGCAAUAAACGCUGAUAAGCCUUGUCUGGUCCUUGGAAUUUUGAAUUUUCUUUUUCUAUCUUACUUAUAGUAUUGGUAGUUGAGGGUGUCGUCGAUAAGGUAUCUAUUUGCCUAGCCAGAGUUAUAUAUAGGAUUGAUUGUCUAGUCUUUUCUUAUAUGAUUUUUGUUCUCAUUUACUAAUCAAAGUUCUGCAAACUUGUAGUUGUUGUAGGAUUUGUUGCUCUGGCUCUGGUGGUAGGUCUAUGAAAUCAACCCAUAUCGUGAAUGGACUGCAACAUGGUAUCUUCGUCCCAGUGGGAUUGGGAGCAUUUGAUCAUGUCCAAUCCGUCAAGGACUGAAGAUGACAGCAAACAGCUACCUACUGAGUGGGAAAUUGAAAAAGGUGAAGGAAUUGAAUCUAUAGUUCCACAUUUCUCAGGCCUUGAGAGAGUCAGUAGUGGCUCUGCCACCAGCUUCUGGCACACUGCUGUAUCGAAAAGCUCACAGUCGACCUCUAUCAACUCAUCAUCUCCCGAAGCCAAACGAUGCAAGCUUGCAUCAGAAAGUUCCCCUGGAGAUUCUUGCAGCAACAUAGACUUUGUCCAGGUGAAGGCUCCCACAGCUCUCGAGGUAUCCGUUGCCUCAGCUGAAUCAGAUCUUUGUUUAAAACUAGGAAAGCGGACAUACUCUGAAGAAUACUGGGGUAGAAACAAUAAUGAAAUUUCAGCGGUUUCUAUGAAGUUGUUAACUCCAUCUGUUGUCGCUGGGAAAUCCAAAUUGUGUGGUCAGAGCAUGCCAGUCCCGCGUUGCCAAAUUGAUGGCUGUGAACUGGAUCUCUCAUCUGCUAAGGGUUAUCAUCGUAAGCACAAAGUCUGCGAAAAGCAUUCAAAGUGCCCAAAAGUUAGCGUGAGUGGCCUGGAACGUCGGUUCUGCCAACAGUGUAGCAGGUUCCAUGCUGUCUCUGAAUUUGAUGAGAAGAAACGAAGCUGCCGAAAACGUCUUUCUCAUCAUAAUGCGAGGCGUCGUAAGCCACAAGGAGUAUUUUCAAUGAAUCCCGAGAGGGUGUAUGAUCGAAGACAGCAUACAAAUAUGUUGUGGAAUGGGGUGUCCCUUAACGCGAGAUCUGAAGAAAUGUAUGAAUGGGGUAAUAACACUUAUGAUACAAAGCCUAGACAAACGGAAAAAAGCUUUACUCUGAGCUUCCAGAGAGGUAAUGGCUCUGAGGACCAGCUGGUUGCUAGUAGCAGCCGUAUGUUCUCUACAUCUCAAACCUCAGGUGGGUUCCCAGCAGGAAAGUCCAAGUUUCAACUUCAUGGCGAAGAUGUGGGAGAAUACUCAGGAGUCCUCCAUGAAUCUCAAGAUAUCCACCGUGCUCUCUCUCUUCUGUCAACCUCUUCGGAUCCCCUGGCCCAACCACAUGUGCAGCCAUUUUCUCUACUCUGUUCAUAUGAUGUUGUACCAAAAUAGAUGAGUAAGUAAUGUGUAAUUUGUAAACCUGUUACUCAGUUGGUGGAUACUUUUCCAAACCUAUGAUAAAAACCUCGUCCUAGAUCCCGUUAAAUGCCAAACUUUCGGCUACUAUAACUAUGUUAUCGUUAUCAUUAUCAUUGUUUAACACCCUAGUAACAAAGUCAUUGUCAACAAAACUCUAUAAACAGUAAAUAUAUCUAUAUACCUCGGAUAGGCUCUUCAAUGUAUCUCUCUGUAUUGAUAGCAAAUCAAGGAGAAGCUGUAAGAGUAGGUAAAUCUUUUCAACUAAGAAAGAGUUCCACUCU